AUGGUAACCCACAGAGGAAUAGAGGUAAGCCCAGAUCAAAUCAAGGCGAUUAAUAGCCUACAGGCUCCUUGGAAUCCAAAGGAAGUGCAAAAACUCACUGGCAUGAUCGCAGCAUUGAACCGGUUCAUAUCACGAUCUGCAGACCGAUGCCGACCUUUCUACCUCUUAAUAAAUAAGUGGAAAGGGUUUGAGUGGUCAGAGGAUUGUGUCCUGACUUUCCAGCAACUCAAAGAAUACUUGUCGCGACCACCCAUCAUGUCUAGCCUAGAGGCGGACGAGGUACUAUUCGCAUACAUAGCAGUAGCCCCUCACGCUGUCAGCCUGGUACUAAUACGGGAUGAUAAUGGAAUACAGCGACCAGUGUAUUACGUAAGUAAAUUAUUGCAUGAGGCUGAAGUGUGCUACUUACCAUUGGAGAAAGCAAUUUUGGCUGUAGUGCAUGCCACGCGAAAACUCCCUCACUACUUUCAGGCACACACGGUCAUUAUUCUAACCCAGCUUCCCCUUCGAUCGGUGUUACGAAGCGCAGAUUACACGGGAAGAAUCGCCAUGUGGAGCGCGCUCUUGGACGCUUUUGACAUUAAAUACAUGCCUAGGUCCUCUGUAAAGGGUCAAGUCCUCGCGGAUCUAGUUGUAGAAUUCGCUGAGCCUUCUGUGGAAACAGUAACACCAAAGGAAGACAUGGAUGGAAAAUCGGUUGACACAAUCUCAACACCAGAGAUCUUGCGCUGGAAAGUCUACAUGGACGGCGCGGCCAACCAAAGAGGAUCUGGAAUUGGGCUAGUUCUAAUAUCGCCCGAAGGUAUUGCCAUUGAAAAAUCGCUAAGACUCGAGUUCUCGGCUAUGAACAACGAGGCCGAGUACGAAACUUUACUUCAAGGAAUGAUGAUGGUUCAAAAAUUGGGCGGAAAGGCAAUGGAAGCAUUCUCGGACUCCAAAUUGGUCGUUGGCCAAGUGAUGGGUGAGUUAGAAGUUAGAGAUGCUAGAAUGCAAGGAUAUCUCGGCCGAGUCAAACGCCUGCAGUCAGACUUUGAAUCCUUUAACCUGACGCAUGUUUCUAGAAGUGGGAACACACAUGCGGAUUCGCUGGCCACUCUUGCCACGUCCUCUGCACAUGAUCUGCCACGAAUAAUCCUUAUUGAGGAUUUAUGCCAGACAAGUUCAACCGGAAGAGACACAGCUCGGAUCCAUCAGAUUAGAAAGAAUCCCAGCUGGAUGGAUCCUAUAAUGAACUUCCUCAAAGAUGAUACGUUGCUAGAAGGAAAACUGGAAGCCGAAAAGAUACGGAGGAAUGCUCCUCAGUUCUGGUUGUUCGAGGACCACAAGCUAUACCGGCGUUCCUAUUCUGGCCCAUACCUAUUAUGUAUACAUCCAGAGGAAUCCGAGUCCUUGCUCGAAGAACUACAUAAGGGCAACCUCGUUAUGAGGAAGAUUCUCGGCAGCGCUAAGAACCCUUCCUGGGGCAAACUGGGACCCAACUAG